AUGGCAGAAGAAAGGAAUACAAUAAAGAUAAAAAUAAAAAGCAUAAACAAUGAUGAAUAUGAACUAAAUGUAAAAGAAGAUUUGAAUAUAGAAGAAUUAAAAGGUAUAAUUGCUGAAAAGAGAAAUGUUAAUAUAAAUGAUAUAAGAUUAAUAUAUCAAGGACAAUGUUUAUUAAAUGAAAAGAAAUUAUGUGAUUAUAAUAUACAAAAUGAUCAUAUAAUACAUUUAGUUGUUAGAAAAAAGGAUAAUAAUACAAACAACAACAAUAAUAAUAAUAAUAGUAGUAGUAAUGCAGAACAUGUUAAUGAUAAUAUGAAUAAUAAUAGGACUUAUGAACAUGUGAAUGAACCAUUAAAUUUUAAUUUCAUUCCUAAUAUGAAUCAGCCAAAUAAUGGAAACCAAGCAAAUAAUAAUAUACCAAACAAUUCAUCUAUACCAUUUUAUUUUACGCAUAUGAGAUUAUCAAGAAAUGAUAAUAUGGAAAAUGAUUUAAUGGGUCAAAAUAAUAUAUGUUCAUUAUUAAAUGAUAUUAUGAGUCAAGUUAAUAUAAGCCCAAAUUUUAUUUAUGGAGCAGCAGCUGCUGCAGCAACCAGUGCAGCAAAUGCCCAUGAAAAUAUUUUUGCUAAUAUGAUGAACCAGAAUAUGGCAGAUAUGAAUAUGAAUGCUAAUCAGAGAAGAGAAAGCACAGGAGAAAAAAAUAACACAACAGCUACGAAUAAUAAUAAUAACAAUAAUAAUAAUAAUAGUAAUAGUGGUAAUAAUAAUAAUAAUAAUAAUAAUAAUAGUAGUGGUCAUAAUUUUAACAAUUCUUAUUCUGCACAAACAAAUUAUAAUGAAGAAGAACAGAACCAACAUAAAGAGAAUGCAGACGGAUCUCCAAAUAAGGACAAUCGUGCAAGCAGUAAUAGUACAUCUAAUUUUAUUCAAAAUGAAAAGAAAGAUAAUAAACAAAGAAAUGUAAAAGAGGAAGAAGAUAUAGAAGAAGAAAAAUCUUUCAAUCAACGAGAUUAUUAUAAGGAUAACAAAAAAGAUACUAAAAUUUAUGAUGAAGAACAAGAGGAUAAACACAAAGAUAAUUUCCAUAAUAAGAACUCAAUUGAUAUGCAUAGAAAUAAAUAUGAUAGAGAUGAUACAAAAUAUGAAAGUGAUGAAAAAAAAUAUAAAAGUGAUGAGAAAAAAUUAGACAGUUAUGAUGAAAAAGAAAAUUUAGAAAAAAAAAAGAAAAGAAAAAAUAAAAUUAAUGAUAAAAAAAUAUAUCACAAAAAUGAGAUACAUGGAAAACAUGAAUACAAUUCAAACAAUUCUGAAAGUAGCUCAGAUGAAGAAAAAUCAAAUAGUUCUUAUUCAGCUUUGUAUACUAGUAAUGAAGAAGAUGAAGAAAAAGAAGAUGAAAAUAAAAAAUAUAAUGAUUUGAAAAAAAAGAACAAAACAAAAAUUACAAAUAAACAUAAAAACAAAAAAUAUUACGAUUCCAAUAGUAGUAUAUCUCCUAAUGAAGAUUCUUAUGUUGAACGAAUUCGAAAAGAAGAUAGAUUUAGAAAUGAAUAUGAUAAUUUGUUAGAACCAAAAUUUCAUUACCCAUAUAUGUAUAAUAUGAAUCCAAUGAAUCAUAUAAAUAAGAUGAAUAUGGUAGGUCCAUAUCAAACACCACAUAAUUUUGUUUAUAAUAAAAAUUUCAGCAAACAUACUUAUCCAUUUCUAGGAGCUCCUUCAUUAAUAAAAGGCUUGAAGAAUGAAAGGAAUAAAAAAAAAGAGAGAAGUAAACAUAAUUAUCAAAGAGAUGACUACUUAAGCGAAACAUGUGAUAAUGUGAAGGAUAUUAAAUUAGAAGAUUAUUUAAAAAGUAAAGAGUUGAAAGAAAAGAAAAAAAAUGAAAAAAAAAAUAAAGAUAAAAAUGAAAGCAAAAGGAAAGAAACUUUCAAAGAUAGUAUCAAAGAAAAUAUGAAAGAUAAUAUUAAAGAUAAUAUUAAAGAUUAUAUGAAAAAUAAAAAAUAUAGAGAACAUUUUACAAAACAUAUAUACAAUAACAAUACAGUAGAUCUUAAUAAUAGUAAUAAUAUAUAUAAUCCAAAUAUAGCUACAUCUAAAAAUAUUAUGGAUAUGUCUAAUUUAAUAAAAAAUUCCAAUGAAUGCUAUUCUGGAGGUAUAGAAGAUAGCUAUUUUUCAAAAAAUAAUUAUGCGAAUAUUGUACCAUUUAAUGAUUUAGAAAGAAAUAAUCAAUUAAUUAGAAAUGAUUCAUUGAGAAGAAAUUCAAGAAUUGUUUAUAAUGAUGAAAAUAUAGAAGAUGAAGAAUAUUUAUCAUCCGAAAAUUCUGUGUCUGCAAAUAUGAGAUCUAUACAAAUGACUAGUAAUAAUAGAAGAAAUAGUGCUAUAAGAAGAAGUCAUAUGAAAUCUUUAAAUGAUAUGAAUGAUUCAGAAUAUAAUAAUUUUGAAAUAAAUAUUCCUUGGAGAGUUAUAGAACAGUUAUUAUUAUUAUUAGAAGAAGAAACAGGAUAUAGAAGACCAGAUUUAUCAUCAUAUAUACAUUCCUAUUAUAAUUCUAAUUCUAUAUAUGUAUUUUUUUAUUUAUUUGUUCAUAUUAAUAAUAUAAUUAAUAGUAUUAUAAUACAAUUUAAUCAUGCAAAUAUACUUAAUAAUGACAUAACCAUGUCUUCCUUUUCAAGAAUUAGUUUAAUAUUAUCUUUAGCAUCGGUUAUAUUUUCUAGAUUAUCAAGUUUUUUCUAUGUUUUUUAUGAUAAUUUCUAUUAUCCAAAUUUUUCGAAUUCAUAUAAUAGGUAUCCAGGAUCAAUAAAUCACGAAUUCUUGAGACAAAUAAGAAAUUUAUAUUUUUCUAAUAACAAUUAUAAUUAUAAUAAUAAUAAUAAUAAUAUGCAUAAUAAUAUGAAUACUAAUUUUUAUAGUUAUAAUCAUGAUCCUAUAUAUAGAAAUAGUAAUAUGCAUGGUGCUAAUCAUCCUAUUAAUAAUCAAAAUAAUAAUUAUUAUUAUGGUAAUCCAUUUUUUAGAAAUAGCACAUAUCCUAAUAGUACAGGUAAUAUUAAUAUAAAUGCUGAUAUGUAUAGUAGUGCAAAUAAUGUUAACAAUAAUAUGAAUCGAAAUAAUUAUUAUCCUCUACCAUAUGAUAUGAGAAAUACUGUGAAUCGAACGACCCUACAACAAGAAUUUGAAGAUUAUUAUAAAAAUUAUUUACCAAACGUUGCUGAUAAUAAAAAUAUGAUCCUUAGAAAAGAUUAUUCAGUUAGUCAUAAAGAAGGAGGGAAUAAUUAUAAUAUGAAUGGAAAGGAAGAUAAUUAUAGAAGUAGUAGAGCUCACAAAUUAUCAAAUAAUGAUAAUUAUUUGGAAAGGUAUAAAACACGAGGUAAACAAAGCAUGAAUUAUAACAACAAUGAAAAUGAUAUUGAUAAUAAUAAUAAUAAUAAUAAUGAAUAUUAUAAUAAUAAUAACGAAUAUUAUAAUAGUAAUAACCCUUUUGCCCAGUUAGAUAGACAAGCAGUAAAACAUUUAUCACAUAAAAUGCAAAAAAAAACAAAUGAUGAAAAUGAUAAAGACAAGAAAAAAAAAAAUCAUAUGAAAAAAAAAAGUUCAAAUGAAAAUAAUUUAUUUAAAGAUACUAAUUCUUAUAAAAGCAAAAGUGCUAGCCAUACUUCUAGUGAUGCAUCAAGUGGUCAUGAAGAAAAACAAGAAAAAAAGAACAAUCUGCUUAAUGCAAAUGCAUCAAAUAAAUUAAAUGAAAAUAGUGAUAACAAUGCAGACAAUCUACAAAAAGAAGAUAAUAAAAUAUCUAGUCAAGAUAACGAAUUAAUUAAUGAUAAUAAAAAUGAUACAAAUGUUGAAGACAAAGUAAAAGUAAAUGAUGACCUUGUAAAUGAUAAUUUCAUUUAUUAUGAUAGUAAUAUAGAUGAUAUAUAUGAAAAGUCAGAUGAAGAAAAAGAAAAGGAAUUACAAAAGGAAGAAUAUAACAAGGGUUAUGUAGUAGAACCAGAUGAUGAUGAUGAUAAUGAUGAUAAUAAUCAUAAUAGUUAUGAAGAAAGACAAAACAUGCCUAUUGAUGCAAAUUUGAAUGUAGUAAAUAAUAUUAUAAAUAAUGAAUAUGAUACUGUGAAUACAAUUGAAAACCAAAAUGAUAUAGCUCAAACCCCUAUUCCAAAUAUUAAUUUUUCAAGCCUUUUGAAUAGUGUACAAAAUCAUAUGGCUCAUAAUGACAUUAAUGAGGAGCAGCCAAAUGAUAAGUUUGAAGGCGUACCCGAUGAAGUAAAAGAGAGAUACACAAACUGGGUUGAAAAUUCUCACAUUUUUUCGGGACAGAUGAUAAAAAUAUGUAGGAAUAAGAGACCAUUGAGUCAUGCAUACAUUGGAAGUAAUGGUUCAAAGGAUAAUAUAUCUUAUAGUAAUUUCUUGCCCUUUUUAUGGAAAAAAAAUAUGAGUUCAUUAAAUGUAGAAUAUGAUUUAGAAAUAACUGAUGAAUUAUUAAAUGCCUUUGAUUUUCACGUACUUGAAUUUAUAAAAAAAUCUAUUAAGAAUAAUGAAGAUUAUAAAAGUGAGAAAUUUAAAUAUCCAAAUCUUUCUCUUUGUGAAGAAUUAUUUGAAGAAAUGGAACAAAAUAAGGACAACUGA